UUUUGUGAAGAUGGUAAGCCUAUGCUGCGUCAGGGCGACACAGGAGACUGGAUUGGCACGUUUCUGGGUCAUAAAGGUGCUGUUUGGGGUGCAACUUUGAACACGGAUGCCACUAAAGCAGCUACAGCGGCAGCAGAUUUUACAGCCAAAGUGUGGGAUGCUGUAUCAGGCGAUGAACUAAUCACAUUGGCUCACAAACACAUUGUCAAAAGUGUGGAUUUUACACAGGAUAGCAAUUAUCUGUUAACAGGUGGACAAGAUAAACUGUUGCGUAUCUACGACUUAAGCAAGCCGGAAGCAGAACCUGACGUUGUCAGUGGACAUACUUCUGGCAUUAAAAAGGCUUUAUGGAGCAGUGAUGACAAACAGAUUCUUUCAGCUGAUGAUAAAACUGUCCGCCUCUGGGACCGGAGUACCAUGACCGAAGUGAAGGCUCUAAACGUUGCAAUGUCAGUGAGCAGCAUGGAGUAUGUUCCCGAAGGACAGAUACUGGUGAUAACCUACGGGAAGACUAUUGCUUUUCAUAGUGCAGAAACUCUAGAGCAGAUUAAGUCAUUUGAAGCACCUGCUACAAUCAAUUCUGCAUCACUUCACCCUGCGAAGGAAUGUUUGGUUGCAGGUGGUGAAGAUUUUAAACUCUAUAAAUAUGACUAUAAUACAGGAGAAGAACUAGAAUCUUACAAAGGACACUUUGGUCCAAUUCACUGCGUGAGAUUUAGCCCCGACGGAGAGUUAUAUGCAAGCGGCUCUGAGGAUGGCACACUAAGGCUGUGGCAGACGACAGUAGGGAAAACCUAUGGCCUUUGGAAGUGUGUAGUUCCUGAAGAGGAGAAUGCAGAAGCAGCAAAAGCAAGGACCACCCUUCCAGGAACUGCAGAGGAGGAAAUAGAAGAUGUUGCCUCUGAAAACUCAGAUUCAGUCUACAGCUCAACUCCUGAAGUUAAGGCCUGAUUAUUGCGACUGUUACGCAGCAUAUGGACAUGUGAGACUAAAUCAAACGAACAGUGAUGAACAGCAGCCUUCCAGAGUGCGCCCUCUACAUAUGGAAAAGACGGGCAGUAAUUGAUGAGAAUGCGGUGGAACUGGCUAGGUGUUGUCUGUAAGAGAACCGAGUAUCAAAAAAAAAAAAGACAAGUAGUAGAGUUUUGCUACCUUUUUAGCAUAACUGCCUACUGUCUUUUCAAAGAAGUGUGCAAGCCAAGAUCCAGUCUCUCCAGUUUCAGUUAGACUCAUUGUAGUGUGUUUUCUUUAUUAUGGAGAAGAGAUAAAAUGGCUUUUACCCAUUUGUUGUUUUCUUGAAAGUUGGAAAAUUUGGCUUUAGUUGAAAGGAAGGGAUUAUGUACUAAAAGUAUUUGGUUUGGGUUUUGUUUCAUUGUACACUGCUUCUGAACGUUUAACUGUUUUCAGUUGUCUAAAUAAAAUGCCUUUCAAAACGUGUAUGUUACUGGUGAGCGUUGGGUUCACGGCCUAGAAAAGCUACCCAGUUCAUUAUGUAAUCCUUUCUAGUUAUCUUGGUUUUGUAUUCUGUAGAGGGAAAGCCAUAAGAAUGUUUUAGUGUUGGUACAGAGGGUGGCAAGUUCUCCGAUCUGUAAGCUUUGUGUCUUUCUAUUCUUUGAAGGUUGAAUGUAAACGUGAGUCUCUCAAAUCCAAACCAGUGAAAACUCCUAAACUAAGCGUGCUGCCUGAACUAUUUGGUCGUACAUGAAAACCUCAGAGGUUGGCUAUGAAUCUGGAUAAAGCUUGGGUUUAGUCCUCCAGACUGGAUAAAAAAAGUUACUCUUUCAAGGUUACAAAUAAUAUUUUCUUCAUUAAAGAAAAUAUUGCCAUUC